AUGCAGGUAGAACUGUCAUCUCUCAAGUGGCCACAUACAGCAACCUGCUCCAGGCCCCCCCAUAGACAUGUCCUUUUUGCGCUGAGUAAAGCCGACCCUUCCCGCGUCCUGCCUUCAAGGCAGACAGCCAGGAGGGCACUUGAAAGGAGGGCAGUCGGAAAGGAAACAUCCUCCAGUGCUUCUCUGCUGAUCCCCGGGACCCCACUCAGGUGGCCCCUCGGCAGCGGGAUACCCCGAGGGCCUAGCGGGGAGGCAGGAGGCGGGCCAACCACACAGCCACACUUCGGAGCUUGUAAGGACGCCAGAGUGGGGAGUUCAGCAGGUGGGCUCCCAAAGAUUGGGCCUGCUGCCCCCGUGAAUGAAAGAAGAAAAAAGAAAAGAAAAACCUUUGAGCCUAGCCUGCUGCCGCCGGCCCUCCCUGCCUUGUCUUGGCUGACCCCAGAACUCCUGCGCCCCGAGUCGGGGUCCGGGCGAGGAGAUCCGCAGGGUUUUUCGGGCGAGUUUGGGGCCCAGGGAAGGGAGUACGCAGGUCAACUCAACAGACAUAAGGCGGUUAGUGAACCUCACUUCAGCCAGCGGCACUCGGCCUCAACCAGAUUCCCUGCCCUUACCCAAGAUGGCGGACCAUGCCGCUUCCGUCGUAGCGGAGCUACGGCGCGCGGCCGGGACUUGGAGGCGGUGCGGCGCGGCGGGUGCGGUUCAGUCGAUCGGUGGUGGCGGCGUCGGCGGCGGCGGCGGCGGCGGCGGAGGAGGAGGAGGAGUAGGAUGUGGGCCACGCAGGGGCUGGCGGUGGCGCUGGCUUUGAGCGUGCUGCCGGGCAGCCGGGCGCUGCGGCCGGGCGACUGCGAAGUUUGUAUUUCUUAUCUGGGAAGAUUUUACCAGGACCUCAAAGACAGAGAUGUCACAUUCUCACCAGCCACUAUUGAAAACGAACUUAUAAAGUUCUGCCGGGAAGCAAGAGGCAAAGAGAAUCGGUUGUGCUACUAUAUCGGGGCCACAGAGGAUGCAGCCACCAAAAUAAUCAAUGAGGUAUCAAAGCCUCUGGCCCACCACAUCCCUGUGGAAAAGAUCUGUGAGAAGCUUAAGAAGAAGGACAGCCAGAUCUGUGAGCUAAAGUAUGACAAGCAGAUCGACCUGAGCACAGUGGACCUGAAGAAGCUCCGAGUUAAAGAGCUGAAGAAGAUUCUGGAUGACUGGGGGGAGACAUGCAAAGGCUGUGCAGAAAAGUCUGACUAUAUCCGGAAGAUAAAUGAACUGAUGCCUAAAUAUGCCCCCAAGGCAGCCAGUGCACGGACUGAUUUGUAGUCUGCUCAAUCUCUGUUGCACCUGAGGGGGGAAAAAACAGUUCAACUGUUUGUUCCCAAAACAGCCUUUUUGUAAUUUAUUUUUUAAGUGGGCUCCUGACAGUACAGGAUCAGAUGUGAAGCCUGGAGCUUUCCUGAUGAUGCUGGCUCUACAGUACCCUAAUGAGGGGCUUCCCUUCCUUCUGUUGCUGGUAUACUCAAGGACUUCAAAGUGUGUCUGGGAUUUUUUUAUUAAAGGAAAAAAAAUUUCUAGCUGU